AUGUUCGAAACCGACCGCCUUGUCCUCCGUGCGUUUCGCGAGUCCGACUGGGAGCCACUCCUCAGAAUAUGGAACGACCCCGUCGCGCAGCGUUUCCUCUGGAACGACUGGGUCGUCCCGCGCGGGGACAAGUUCGUGAAGGACGUGCUGAAGCCCGGGAUGGAGGCCGCGACGUUGUACGUCGUGAUCACCCUCAAGGAAAAUCGAGAGGGGGAGUUUAUGGGGUGGUGCGCGUUAGCCCAGGGCAAUGCAAAGAACCGCGAUGCAAUGACUGAGAUCGGAUUGCUACGGGAGUAUCAAGGGAAAGGGUAUGGGACGGAGACGCUCGAGUUUAUUAUUGGUUAUGCCUUCCGGAACUUCGGGCUGCAUAGGAUCUCACUCGGGGUACUGGAGGGUAAUGCGGCAGCCAGAGCUGUGUACAAGAAGAUCGGGUUCCGGGAAGAGGGGGCAACGAAGGAGGCCAACUGGAUAGACGGCGGAUGGGAGGACGCCAUCCGGAUGAGUAUUCUGGACAGGGAAUGGGCGGAGCAGCACGGGCAGUGA